GGCCGAGGGGGCGGGGUCAUAAGCCGCCCGCCGCCGGGUGGAAGGCCCCGGCCGGGAGCCGAGGAAAGGUGAGGGCUCCCCAGAUAACUGGGUCCGGCGAGCAGUUGGGGACAGGCUGAGUCUGCGUGCCGGCAGAAUGUCCCUGGCUGCUUAUUGUGUCAUCUGUUGCAGAAGAGUAGGAACCUCUACUUCCCCGCCGAAAAGUGGCACACGCUGGAGAGACAUCAGAAAUAUAAUAAAGUUUACUGGAUCACUUGUUUUAGGAGGUUCUCUAUUUCUUACAUAUGAAGUUCUGGCCCUGAAGAAAGCUGUGACAUUAGAUACUCAAGUGGUAGAAAGAGAAAAAAUGAAGUCAUAUAUAUAUGUGCACACAGUUUCUUUAGAUAAAGGAGAAAAUCAUGGUAUUGCCUGGCAGGCAAGAAAAGAACUUCACAAAGCAGUAAGAAAAGUGUUGGCAACAUCCGCCAAGAUACUACGGAAUCCAUUUGCUGACCCUUUUAGUACAGUUGAUAUAGAAGAUCAUGAGUGUGCUGUGUGGCUGCUCCUACGGAAGAGCAAGUCAGAUGACAAAACCACGCGACUCGAGGCUGUGCAGGAGAUGUCAGAGGCCCAUCAUUGGCAUGAUUACCAGUAUAGGCUAAUUGCUCAAGCCUGUGAUCCGAAAACUCUUAUUGGUUUGGCACGAAGCAAAGAGAGUGAUCUUCGCUUUUUUCUCCUACCACCUCCUUUGCCAUCUUUAAAAGAAGAUUCUUCCACUGAAGAAGAGCUCAGGCAGUUGCUGGCUUCCUUACCUCAAACAGAGCUGGAUGAGUGUAUCCAGUAUUUUACAUCUUUGGCUCUUAGUGAAAGCAGUCAGAGUCUAGCUGCUCAGAAGAUAUCCACACAUUGUGAUAAAAUCGAAGCAAAUGGAGGCCUGCAGCUACUUCAGAGGCUGUACCGACUUCACAAGGACUGCCCUAAAGUACAGAGAAAUAUAAUGCGUAUCAUUGGAAAUAUGGCUUUGAAUGAACAUCUUCAUUCUUCUAUAGUUCGCUCAGGCUGGGUGUCCAUCAUGGCAGAAGCAAUGAAAUCUGACCGCAUUAUGGAGGCUUCACACGCUGCCAGAAUCCUGGCAAAUCUAGAUCGAGAAACUGUGCAAGAAAAAUAUCAGGAUGGCGUGUAUGUGCUGCAUCCCCAGUAUCGAACAAGUCAGCCCAUUAAAGCAGAUGUCCUUUUUAUUCAUGGCCUUAUGGGAGCAGCAUUCAAAACAUGGCGCCAGCAGGACAGUGAGCAGGCUGUAAUUGAAAAGCCUAUGGAGGAGGAAGACAGAUACACAACGUGUUGGCCCAAGACAUGGUUAGCAAAAGACUGUCCUGCUCUCCGAAUUAUAUCUGUGGAGUAUGACACCACCCUCAGCGACUGGAGAGCAAGGUGCCCUAUGGAAAGAAAGUCCAUUGCAUUCAGAAGCAACGAACUUCUUAGGAAGCUCAGAGCUGCUGGUGUUGGGGAUAGGCCGGUGGUUUGGAUAUCACAUAGCAUGGGAGGUCUUCUCGUCAAAAAGAUGCUGUUGGAAGCCUCUAAGAAGCCAGAAAUGAGUGCUGUUAUCAACAAUACCAGAGGAAUAAUUUUUUAUAGUGUCCCUCAUCAUGGAUCACAUUUGGCUGAAUACUCUGUUAAUAUUCGCUAUCUUCUCUUUCCCUCUUUGGAAGUCAAAGAACUCAGCAAGGAUUCUCCUGCACUUAAAACACUGCAAGAUGACUUUCUGGAGUUUGCUAAAGAUCAAAACUUCCAGGUGCUGAAUUUUGUGGAAACAUUACCAACCUACAUUGGCAGCAUGAUUAAGCUCCAUGUGGUGCCUGUGGAAUCAGCAGAUUUAGGCAUUGGAGAUCUAAUUCCUGUGGAUGUUAACCAUUUGAACAUUUGUAAACCAAAGAAAAAGGAUGCUUUUUUGUACCAGCGUACUUUACAAUUCAUCCGUGAAACUUUAGCCAAAGACCUUGAAAACUAACAGUUGUCCUCUUCCAAUUUUCAUAUGUGAAUUCAGUGCAAGAAACUUGGUGUUCUGGUUCUCCUUUUAAGCUCUAACCAAUCAUGUAAACAUAGUGAUCAUAGCGUCAACAUGGUCUGGAGUGUGUUGCAGACUACAGAACAUUGUUCUCCCUUCAAGCGCUGUAAAGUAUCAACCCGGCAGUGGCAGGCACAGAAGGAAAGGCUGGAUUGGGCUCCUUUGGCGUUAAGAAGUCCCUGUGUGCUACUUUAUGGUUUGCGGUAUUGGGCCUGGUGACUGCUGUGAGACAGUGCCCUUUCCCAUCUGUGACUUUCCCGGCGCAUGCAGGAGGGGCACAGCAGGUUCUGAGGGGAGAGCUACCAUUAACUCAACUCACCAUAAAAAUGCCAUUAAGAGAGUACCUAAAAUAGAGAGAAGAAUGAACUAGAACAUUAAAGACUCUUGUACUUCUAGGUAUUGAUUUGCUCUACAUUUUAAAAAUGUGUCAGUUUUUUAAAGUUUGAGUUUUUAGCUUUCAGUUCUACCUUUUAUCUGACACAUUAUUACUGGUGUUAACUUCGUUAGACCUAUUGUCAUGUCUGGGUCAGUUCCUUGUAUCUGUUUUCAUAUUGCUGAGAACAAAUCUUUUUCUUUUUUAGAAAAAUUCUAGCUUAUAAUAAUUCUUUCCAGACUGUAGUUGCCUAUGCUUGGAAUUGGUCCUAGAUAAGGAUAAAGUAGCUAAUCCAUUAUUGAUCACAGUAUGAAAUAAAACUAUUCUAAGCCAUUAAAUGAAUUAGCAAUUCUUAGUAUCAAGAUUCUCAGAUUCCCUUUAACUAAAUAAAGUAAACCUGUCUUCCCUGCUCAUUUGGAAGUGGUAUUAAUUGACCUCUAUAGCAUGCAAGAAGUAGGAAAUCGUGUUUUUUUCUUUAGAGUAAAGCAUUAUUGAGUUAAUUUACAUACCAUAAGAUUCACCCUAUUAAAUUUUACAAUUCUUUUUUGUUGUUAUUUAGAGACAGGGUCUCACUCUGUUGCCCAAGCUGGAGUGCAGUGGCAUGAUCAUGGCUCACUGUAACCUCAAACUCCUGGGCUCAAGAGAUCCUUUUGCUUCAGCCUCCCAAGCAGCUAGGACUACAGGUGCAUGCCACUGUACCCGGCUAAUUAAAAAAAAAAAAAUACUUUUUUAUAGAGACAGGGUCUCACUGUGUUGCCCAGGUCUCAAACUCCUGGUCUCAAGCCACCCUCCUGCCUUGGCCUCUCAAAGUGCUGUGAUUAUAGGCCAGAGCCACUGUUCCCAGCCUCAGUUCAUUGGUUUUUAGUAUAUAGUUCGCUGAGUUGUGCACCAUCAUUGCUCUCUAAUUUCAGGAUAUUUCAUCAUCCCCAAAAGAACCCCAUGCCCAUGAGCAGUCAGUUCCCACCUCUGCUUUCCCCAGUCUGCGGUAAACACUAAUCUCUUUUCUGUUUCUAUGGAUUUGGGGAUUUUAUGUAAAUGGAAUUGUACAAUAUGUGGCCCUCUCUGCCUUCCUUCUAUUAGCAUGUUUUCAAGGUUCAUUCAUGAUAUAGCAUGUAUCAGUACUUCCUUUUUAUGGCCAAAAUUACUCCAUUUUGUGAUAUGCCAUGUUUAUCCAAUCAGCUGAUGGACAUCUAGGUUUUGUUCAUUUUUUGUCUGUGAUAAAUAAUGCUACCAUGAUCAUUUGUGUACAAAUUUUUGUGUGGAUAGAUGUUUUUGAUUUUCUUCGGUGGAAUUGCUGGUCAAAUGGUAAGUCUAUGCUUAAAUUUUGAAGAUGGUAGACUUUUGUAGAAUGAGAUAGUCAAAGCUAAAACUGGAGUACAGUAUCUGAAGGUAAAUGGCUCAUCAAUAAACCCUAUCAGCA